CGCCUUCCACAUUCCACAACCAACAUGAAGACGAUCUCAAAAGGUCACAGGUGGACAUUUGGGGGCUGGGCAGGUUAACAAAUGUCUUCAUUAGAUGGCGAAGAGAAGGCAGCGGAGGAAGUCACGAUGACGAUGGAUGAAAGAAAAGCAAAAUUGGAGCAGCUGAGAGCCAAGAUGCGUUCAUCUACGAAAGCCAAUCGUGCUUCCCUCAUUGAGGAGUCUGCUAGAGCAAAGAUGACGGUGAGAGAUGCUGCACGGCUAGAACGUCAGCGGAAACUUGCGGAGGUGUUGCGCACACAAGCUGAAGCCGAGGAUCGGGGGGAGGACGUGGAACGGCAGAAGAAUUGGGAAUGGACGAUAGAAGAGAAUGAUAAUUGGGAAAAGAAGAAAGCGAGGAAAGCACGAAGAGCAGACUACGAGUUUCAUGACGAUGCUCACGCGGCUCGACGGCGCUAUAAGAAGGAUCUCGACCUAAUUAAACCAGACCUUGCUGCAUACAGUCGACAGAAAGAGGUUGUACUGGGGUUGGCGCCUGGUUCGCUUGCCAAUUCUGGGAGUAAUUCAUCUGCUCUCACAGCCUUUGAUCCUUCAGGCGGUCAGGUUGUCCCAUCUGCUGAACAACGGAUGGCUGCAGAGAGCUUCUACCGAGAUGCCAAUACUCUGCUUUAUGCUGACAACAAGCCUACUGAAGAUGCCAUUGAUAGAGUGGUUGGCAAGAUCAACAGAGAUAUCGACAAGAAAGGCAAAUUCUCCCGGAAGAGACUCAAUGAGGAUGAAGGCGAUAUUACUUAUAUCAAUGAGCGGAAUCGGGUGUUCAACAAAAAGAUUGCACGAUACUACGAUAAAUAUACCUCAGAGAUUCGGGCUAGUUUCGAGCGAGGAACAGCACUAUGAUCCCGCAUCUCGAGCCACGUCUUGAACAAGAAGUGACAACUGACUUCCUUCUUUCAAGUUCUGACUACGGGAGACUACUUAGUGCCAUUUGCACUUAGAGCACACACAUCUACUCGCUGUAACAUUAAUUUUUAUGACCUUAUAUUGAUAUCGAUACCUUGA